CGACAACUGGCCUAGCCAGCAGGGCGCUUUGGUAGAACAGAGCUGAGGAGGGAGAACAGAGGAGACGCUUUAAUCGGACAUCAGUUCUACAGAUCAGCGCUGCGUAGGGAUUUCCUGAGGAUCUCCUCCGCCGUGGCUCACGCCGGGUUAGUGUGAAGGACGCUUCCCCCGCCGCUUAGACCGGUCCGUCGGCUCUCUGCGUGGACUCUGGAAGCUCAUGGACAGCUUUGAUCAUCUCAGCGCCUCGGAGAAGGCAGAAGCGUCGGAGCUUCAGAAGAUGAUAGCCAUAGAGCAGCAGAAGGCCCAGUUCCAGGCCCAGGUGCACAGUUUCACAGACGUGUGCUGGGACAAGUGUGUGGAUAGUCCAGGCUCCAAGCUGGACUACCGGACAGAGACAUGUCUUCAGAACUGUGUGGAGAGGUUCAUUGACACCACCCUAACCAUCACCAACCGGUUCACACAGAUGGUGCAGAAGGGCACUCACUGAUCAUGGACCUGAUCCAGAAGGACGAUUUACUCAGAAGCUACUCGUGUCAUGUGGAUGGGAGAGGACCAUAUGUUUUGGGCUCUGGAGAUGUGGGAUGAAGUCUCUUGUUUCUGGAUGUAAAUCAGUUUGUAAACUCGCACAUAAUCUAUGUUCUGGUGUGAAAUCCAUGAAAAUUGUCAAAGGUUUGACAAAGGUUCUGAUAGAAUCCAGUGGUCUUACAUGAUAUUAAAAUCUUUAAAUAUUG